AUGCCGGCGCUCACCGUCGACACCAAAGCUCCCACUGCGCCGGCCGCGACGACAGCAAAUCCACCACGUGCUUCAACCUCGUCGCGUGCCGCAUCACCGUCACGACCAGAUGUCAGCCCCAUCACUCCCACGCAGGAAUCGGCGCAACUUCCACAGCCCGACGAUGGCGCCGGCGCCGGCCACGGUUCCUCGAUGACGACACAAGACUCCAUCCCCGACUUUGCGCGCGGCCGACCGCACUUCACGCACACCACCCAAACCGACCAGGUCGGCUUCGUCCCACCAGCCGCGCCACCAAUCGACUUUGACUCAAACCCCGACGUGCUAGCGCUGAAGAGCGCGAUCUCGAUCCUCCAACUCCAACGCGCGCGCGCGGCCGCCGACAUCCAGUCGCUCAGUCGCAUACGGGACGCAGCGCUCGCCAACCCGGAAGCGUUCACCGCGGAUCUCGCGGCCGGCAAGGUGCGGGUGGAAGGGGACCCGUUGUUCACCGGGUCGCGGGCCAGCCGCGGAGCAGCUGCGGACGACGAUUCCGAUUCCAGCGAUGAUGACUCCGACUCGGGAUCCGAAGGCAACGAACACGAAAAGGAGGAUGGCAGUGGUAACGGCAUUGGUGGUGAUAAUACUAGGCAGCAAGCCACGCCCGAAUCCGAGCCCAAAGCCAGUACCUCCAACACCGCCGAUGGCGAAGAUACACCCAUGCCGGCCGCACCCGGCACAUCAUCAUCAACAACACAACCGAACCGCAAAACCAAACAACAAAACCCCAACGACUCAUCACACUCCCCCAGCACAACCGCACCAACUCCACCCGUCUGGCGGCAACCCCUCCCCAAGCCCCAAAACAUCGUCCGCGCUCCACCUAUAAACUGGGCCCAAUACGGCAUCGUAGGCGAAUCCCUCGACAAGCUCCACGCCGAACAACUCGCCGCACCCACCCCCGGAGCGCCCAUGACCCUCGGACAGGGCGGGGCCUUUGAGUUCCGCGCCGGUGGGAACCAGAACCAGGUCCCUAACCAGGCCAGUGCUAGUCCAGGGACCACACCCGGUGGUGGUGGAACACGGGGCGGAGGAGAAACAACAAGGGGGGAGCAGCCGUCGCCGCCACGACGGUUGGUGGGCGUGGCGUCGCCGUAUAACCCGCUGAGAGACAAAUUGGAUAAGAAAGGAAAGGGGGGAAAGCGCUGA